CCGGUUCUGGGGAAGCGGAGGGCGAGGGCGUGGCGAUUUCGACGUUACUCACUUCCUGGUUUCUCCCUUUCCCUUCUCAGCGCGAAUGGGGGAGCUGCGAAAGGAUAAGGCUUAGCCUCGUCUCUCAGCAAGGAGCCCCGGGCCGGGAGUCGAAGUGCUGGUUUCCCCGUCUGGCUGGCAGGCGAAUGGAACGCUGUGCUGGGCGGCGGAAGGUCGAGCCGGGAGGCGCGGGCCGCUGGCAGAGCGGGGGCGGCGGCAGCGGCAAGCGUGUUGCUUCAUCUUCAGCCUGGAUCCAAGAAUGGACAUUAUAACCUAUGAUGAUUACUCCAGUCCACCGCUUCAGAGAUAUUGAGAGGAAACCGGAAUAUCUUCAGCCGGACAAGUGUGUCCCACCUCCCAGCCACGGUUCCUCAGGAACAAUGUGGUUUAUUCGAGAUGGCUGUGGUAUUGCCUGUGCAGUUAUCACCUGGUUCCUGGUCUUCUAUGCUGACUUUGUAGUCAUCCUUGUAAUGCUGCUUCCAUCAAGAGACUAUAUUUACAGUGUGAUCAAUGGAAUAAUUUUUAAUACUUUGGCAUUCCUGGCUCUGGCUUCACAUUUGAGAGCAAUGUUAACAGAUCCAGGUGCAGUGCCCAAAGGUAAUGCCACAAAAGAAUUCAUAGAGAGCUUACAGCUGAAGCCAGGACAAGUUGUUUAUAAGUGUCCAAAAUGCUGUAGCAUCAAACCAGACAGAGCGCACCACUGCAGUGUUUGUAAGAGAUGUAUACGGAAAAUGGAUCACCACUGCCCAUGGGUUAAUAACUGUGUAGGAGAGAAUAACCAGAAAUACUUUGUACUGUUUACAAUGUAUAUAGCACUAAUUUCUCUGCAUGCGCUGAUCAUGGUUGGAUUUCACUUCCUAUAUUGUUUGGAAGAAGACUGGACAAAAUGCAGUUCUUUCUCUCCGCCAACUACUGUGAUCCUUCUGAUCCUCUUGUGUUUUGAGGCUCUCCUUUUUCUCAUUUUCACAUCCGUAAUGUUUGGAACGCAGGUACAUUCCAUCUGCACUGAUGAAACGGGUAUAGAACGGCUUAAAAAAGAGCAGCCAACUUGGGAAAAAGCCAGCGGCUGGGAAGGGAUGAAACUGGCUUUCGGGGGUAAUUUUUCACUGCGAUGGUUCAGUCCCUUUUCAGACCUGAAUUGCAAGAAGGCUCCACCAGCUGGGACUGCUACAGUUGCUCCGUCAGAGAUGGCUGUGCAAGAAGCCUUCGAACCAUUUUAUGAUCCAAUGGUGGUUGUGGAAGUAUUAAGUGAUUAAUAUAAAGCAGUGUUUCUGCUUGGCUGGCUGGGGAAUUCUGGAAGUUGAAGUCCACACAUCUUCUAACUGCCAAGGUUGAGAAACACUGAUAUAAAGUAUCUUUACAAAUGUCUGUUCUUUCACCAUUUGUGCACUGGAGAGUUAGCUUUAAGGUACCACUGAUGCAUGAAACCAUGGAAGCUUUCCUCUUCCUCUAGCUAAGGACCUCACUAAGCAAAGAUAAUGCAACUACUUUCCCACACUAUUUAACUGAUGAUGGGUUAACUAUGCUUCAUUAAUUGUACUGCGGAAAAGUAAACUUACCAUCUAGAUUGGACAGCUUCUAAAAAUGUGCAGUAAGAAUGCUGUUUAGGAGAAAACUGCCAAACUUGGUUUAAGGAUCUAGUUAGAUAUAAGGAGUGUGAUUUCUCAAGAUUUAAAGACUGGCCAAGGACAAAAAUCUAAGUCCAGCAAUGUAAUUCUGGCCCAUAAAAUUCUUGCUCAAGUUCAAUGUGUUCAUUUUAAGUGGCCUCUUCAGGAAGUAUAUAUGUGCUAUAAAUGAUUGUUUUUGCCACAAAUGAUAGUUCUAUUGUAAUCAGAACUACAAAAUUUAGAUAUAAUGGCCACUUCUCAGCUAAAUCAGUAUUGGUUGCUACAGAAAAGCUCAGGAUAGGGAAUAAUUGUAAGAAAUAGUUGGACAGUUGUAGACAAAAGCUAAAUGAGGUUAUCAUUCUUUCAUUGUUUGAAAGUCAUUAGAUUGUUUACUUACAAAUGUUCAAUUGAUCUCAUUUUAGCGACUUGCGUAAACAAGCAGUUUUGUGAUUUGCUCAUGCAAUCCUUAAAACUCCCCAUCUGAAGCAUUGCUAAUUAUAAACAGGGGUUCUCUCCUAGUAUAUGUAAUUGGAAGCUGGCGUAUGUGUCUCUGAAGUCUGUGCUCAUGUGUGUGAUUGAGAAACUGAGGACAUGCAUAUAUCUAGCAAUCAGUUGUCUUACUGCAUGGAUUUGGCUAAUGACAUGGCAAGCCCACGAGUGAAUUCUCUUGUACAUCUUAAAAGCAGACCCAUUAACUUCAGUGUUUACAGAUACAGUGUGUUCUUAAUGAAAAUGCUAUGGACAGGGUUGUUGGGGAUAUUUCAGGACUCAUUUCAGGUGUGGAAACAACAGUGCUGCAAAACACUGUUCAGGUUUGGCAAUGAUGGUUAUCUCUGGGAAAAGAGACAGAGGAGUCCCCAUGUAAGGGAAGACUAUUACAGUUAGGAAUAUGAAGGCAAAUCCUUAAGGGACCAAGGAGAUUCCUCAAUAUUUUACUUUAAUCUUUGGUGCUCUUUUAUAUAAUCUAUCACAGAUACCUGCCUUAUGCUGCUUCACACUUGAGAUAGCACUCGUGAGCUCUCCUAGCAUUUCAGCUACUACAUUUUGUAAAAUGGCAUAGGGGAAAAUCACUGACAGUUGGGUAAGUUUAAUAUGCCUAAAAUCCAAAGAAUUAUCUAAGUUCUUUGCUGUCUAGAAUAGUGUUUCUCAAACUUGGCAACUUGAAGAUGUAUGGACUUCAACUCCCAGAGUUCCCCAGCCAACAUACUGGCUUGCCACCCUUGCUAAGGUUGAGAAACACUGGUCUAGAGAAGUUUCAGUCCUAUGUUGCUUAAACUCCCUCUCUUGCAGCUUUCCCUAGCCAGUGCCUUCCGGAUGUGUUGUACUUCAAUUCCCAAAAUUCUCAGAACACGUGGCAUUUGGUGCAGCAUCGAGAGAGCAAAUAUGCAAAACCAAUACUCUACUGCUUCACUAUGGCUCUUCCCCAAUAGCAAAUGGGGGAGGUGGGCUGACAAAAGGGGAGGAGCAACUGCACCAGUCUUGGAAUCUCAGGAAAGGGAGAGGUCCUCCAGGGCAGGAUCUCCAAAUUGCAACCAGGAAAUCCUAAGUAUCAGUUAAUUGAAGGACUUGCUAUACCAGCUUGCACAUUGCAUUAAAUCUGGUUGGCUUUGGCCUAGGCUUAGCAUGUUUAUGUGAACACAGGCAUUAUGAUUUGUAAACCGCAGUUUAUGGCUUAGCAUGAGGGUGCCAAGUUUGUUCUCAGCUAAGGGCUGUGUGAUGCCAAAGGCUGCACCCCAAAAAGUUGCAGAGGGCAAGGAUAAAAGCUACAUUUGAUGUCAUUUCAUGUACAUUUAAUUACAAUUACUGUAAAUACAAAUCAUGUGAUUACUCUAAA